UUUAUUGUGGUGACGCGGCAAGCCCACGGACACACCAACAAUUCGCCCCUCUCGGUGCUCCCACCCCCACUACUCGCCGGUGAUCUGAUGGCGGCGGCCGGCGCACCGCCGCCGCGCGCCCUAUCCGCGGAGCUGAGGAGGGCUCCGCUCGCCGCGGGCCUCGCGCCGCCGCGGCAGGGGACCAGGGCUCGCGCGUCGUGGCCCCUCCCCCGCCAGGAAACUGUUUGUAGUCGUGGCCGGUUGAUAUCGACCAUGUCUAGUUCAAGGUCAUUGGCGUGCUCUCCUUGUCGUUGCGCUCAGGUGGCUUUGGCUGACGCAGAGAUUGCUUAUCAGCCUGAGGCUGAGAAGCAUGCUGGAGUUCUGGCCUAUGAACUGGUUCAAGGGAACCUUGUACAAUGGAACUCUUUUAUGGACAAAUCAAUACCUGAUCCACCAACAGCUGUACUCCUUCAUGGCAUCCUUGGGAGCGGGAAAAACUGGGGGUCGUUUGCAAAGAGGUUAGCUCAGGAAUUUCCAAUGUGGCAGUUUCUUUUGGUUGAUUUGCGUUGCCACGGUGACUCGGCAUCAAUUAAGAAAAGAGGAUCACACACUGUUGCUUCCACUGCUUUUGACGUUCUAAAGCUGAUAGGGCAACUCAGGUUGUCUCCUCGAGUGUUGGUUGGUCACAGCUUUGGUGGAAAAGUGGCUUUGAGUAUGGUAGAUCAAGCUGCAAAACCACUUGCCCGUCCUGUCAGGGUAUGGGUUCUUGAUGCUACUCCUGGCAAAGUUCGUUCUGGGCUAGAUGGCGAAGAUCAUCCCGUUGAACUUAUUGAUUUCCUCAGAAGAAUGCCUGUGCAGGUUAAUUCAAAGCAGGAAGUUGUUGAUGCUCUAGUUAAAGCAAAGUUUUCUGUGGAUGUUGCACGGUGGGUGGCAACAAAUCUCCGACGGAGCAGCCCAUCAGGAUCACGAUCUUCUCCAAGCUACUCAUGGAUAUUCAACUUAAAUGGCAUCUCUGAGAUGUACAAGUCAUAUGAAGAUACUAACCUAUGGAGGAUUGUAGAGAAUGUACCACGCGGGGUACACAUUAAUUUUCUCAAGGCCGAAAGAAGUUUGCAUAGAUGGGCUCUUGAAGACCUUCAGAGAAUUCAUACUGCGGAGGAGGUGGCUGCGGAUGAGGCUGGAGGAGUUGAAAUGCAUGUGCUCGAAGAUGCUGGACACUGGGUUCACGCAGAUAACCCUGACGGGCUCUUCAGAAUCCUUUCGUCAACCUUCCGCAUCGAGACCAGCCUAAGAGGGCGGGAGUGAGGGUACAGAGCUCCAAACGGCACCGCCACAUCUCUAUUUUAAGCGGGCGGGCCUGCCAUGAACAACUAUACAUAUGGAUCACAUCGCAGUGACUGCUGCAUUCCAGUUUUGUAGAGUCGCAAAAGAGAGGUACAGAUCAAACUGCGGCGGGCAAGCGACGACGGUGCCGACUGCGAUCACCGGCGUGAUAGCGCAUUCGUUCAUUCAUUCGUUUCUUCCAUGUGCUGAUGGCGGACAGCCGGGUGCGGUUAUUAUGUACUGUAACAGAACCAACAUGUAAUUAUCGAUCUCUUCAUACACUGGAUAAAUGAGUCGCUGUACAAAUGGCGGAGAACUGGAAGCUACUGUAAGCAGUUUGUAAUUAA